AUGGAGAGCGAUGCAUACAUGCCCAUCGACAAACAAAAGGCCAAGGUCUUACCCGAUUAUGAGACUGAAUUUAACGUAAGCUUGGGUGAAUCUCUCUCUGCCGGCGGUAGCAGUAACUCUUCAUGGCUUUCUCCUUCAGGUGAAUUUGCCUUCGGCUUUCAACCCAUCAACAAUACGGCCAAUGCCUUCUUGCUUGCCAUCUGGUUUGAUAAAAUACCUGAGAAGACUAUAGUUUGGUAUGCAAAUGGAGAUAAUCCAGCACCCACAGGAUCAAAAGUUCAGCUUACCAAUGAUGGUAACCUUGAGCUCAAUAGCCCUCAAGGAGAUGUUUUAUGGAAGGCAGAAUCCAUUCUUGGUGUUGUCACCUAUGGUGCAAUGCUUGACACUGGCAACUUUGUGUUGGUGGAUGCAAACUCUGUACAUGUAUGGGAGAGCUUCAAAUACCCAACUGAUACCAUCCUUCCUACCCAGAUAUUAGAAAUGGGUACCGUGGUUUCUGCUCGAAUACAAAGCAACUACUCCAGAGGAAGGUUCCAGCUCCAACUGCUUACUGAUGGUAAUCUCGUUCUCAAUACUGUAUCAUUACCAAAACAUUUCGCCUAUGAUUCUUAUUAUUCAAGCAACACUUCUGGUUCUGAUAAUCAACUUGUCUUCAAUGAGACUACAUCCACCAUUUAUAUCCAAAGCACUAGUAAUGGAACCAUAUUAUUGGACCUCACAGUUGGUAGCACUAUACCCUCUACCAAAACCCAUUACCAUAGAGCAACCAUUGAUUUUAAUGGUAUUUUCACUCUAUAUGCUUGUCCGAGGACAACGAAGACGACUUCGAGUUGGUCCAUUGUCUGGUCUAUGCCUGAUGAUAUAUGUUCUUUUUAUAGUCCUUAUGAGGGAGAAGGGAUUUGUGGGUAUAACAGUAUCUGCAAGCUUGUGCAAAGUCGACCUGUUUGUGAAUGCCCAACUCAAUAUAAAUUGGUUGAUCCAAACGAUAUAUUGAGUGGCUGUGAACCUGACUUCAUACUACCAGGAUGCUAUGCAAAUGAAUCAGGAUCCCUAACUGAGACGAUUUUGUAUAGGAUGGACGAGAUGCUUGACACAGAUUGGCCUUAUACAGGUGUUUAUCAAAGGCUGGAACCAUUUACUGAAAUAGAAUGCCAAAAUGCUUGCUUGGAUGAUUGUCAAUGUGCAGUUGCCAACUUCUUAGACGGGAGCUGUUGGAAGAAGAGCCUACCAAUUAGAUUUGGGAGACAGAAGAGUGGUCUAAUGGUGAAAGCUUUAAUCAAAGUCUCAGCAGCUAAUUAUACCCAGAGAAUACCUCAUCCUCCUUCAGUUCCAGUAGAUGUUAAUAAUCCACCUGGGUCUUCAAAUCCUAAUAGAGAGGAGAAAGAUCAAGGUUUGUUCAGUGUUGUUGCAGCUGUGCUAUUAGGUAGUUCAAUAUUUUUCAAUUUAAUUUUUGUAGUUGCAAUUUUUACUGGAGUUUUGAUGUACCACAAGAUGAAAUCAAAAGGAAAGGUACAACAAAAUCCAAUUUCUGUUGAAACAAAUCUGCAUUCUUUUACUUACAAAGACCUGGAAGAGGCUACAGAUGGAUUCAAGGAAGAGCUGGGAAGGGGAGCUUUUGGUGUUGUCUAUAAAGGGGUCUUAGGUUUGGAUUCUAAACUUGUAGCUGUAAAAAAGCUAGACAAAUUGGUACAAGAGGGAGAUAAGGAGUUUAAGACUGAAUUGAGCGUGAUUGGCCAGACCCAUCAUAAGAAUCUAGUCAAAUUGGUUGGAUUCUGUGAGGAAGGACAGCAUAGACUCCUGGUGUAUGAGUUCAUGAGCAAUGGCAGUUUAGCAAGCUUCCUAUUUGGAUCUUCAAGGCCAGAUUGGAACCAAAGAACCCAGAUUGCAUUUGGUAUUGCAAGAGGGCUUAUGUAUUUGCAUGAAGAGUGCAGUGUCCAGAUCAUCCACUGUGAUAUAAAGCCUCAAAACAUACUUCUUGAUGACUCUUACACAGCAAGGAUUUCUGACUUUGGAUUGGCCAAGCUCUUGAUGACUGACCAGAGUCGAACUAACACAGCCAUUAGAGGGACCAAAGGCUAUGUUGCAUCUGAGUGGUUCAGGCACAUGCCUAUCACAGUGAAAGUAGAUGUGUAUAGCUUUGGUGUCAUGCUUUUGGAGAUCAUUUGUUGUCGGAGAAGUGUUGACCUAGAAAUAGGUGAUGAUGAGAGAUCCAUUCUGACCGAUUGGGCUUAUGAUUGCUAUCGAGAUGGAAGGCUAGAUGCUCUGGUGGAGAAUGAUAUGGAAGCCAUAAAUGAUAUUGGAAGGCUAGAGAGGUUACUGAAGGUAGCAAUUUGGUGUAUUCAAGAAGAGCCAUCACUAAGACCCACUAUGAAGAAGGUUGUACAAAUGCUAGAAGGAAUUGUUGAAGUUUAUGUGCCCCCACACCCUUAUCUUUUCAACCAAGUUGUUGAAACUUAA